ACACCGACAGUCAUUGUUGAGCUAGCGACGAACAAACGUACCGCGACCGACCUACACCGCGAUAGUUUUAGUGUUUAUGUGAUAAGAAUCGUGUGUUAUCACUUACAUGUUUGGAUGCGAUGUUCUCGUGAUGUGAUUGGUAGUUGGUGUUUGUAGUUGUAGUAACAUUUGAGAAGAAUGUUUGGAAACAGAGCCAUGGAGUUUGGAGCUUCACUGUUUGUGCUCUUCGCGGUUGUACAUACGACGAGGACGCAGACGCUUGUGGAGCAGGACUUUGCCCCAGUGGUGACCGCAACAUGUAAAGCGGGCUACAUGACCAUUAAAGUAGCAACCAACCAAAGCUUCGUAGGAGCACUGCACGCCCGGGACUACAGGACGCCUUCCUGUAUAUCCUACGGGAACGGCACUCAUAUGACGUCACUAGUCAUCAACAUGUUAGCCAAUCAGGGCUCUCCUGACUACUGUGGGGUCUUCGUCAACAAUAAGACGGAGGAGAGGUCUCUGCCUAUCGCGGUGAGGAUCCACAGAACUCUGGAGUUGGCGGAUGACAAGUUCUACGUCAUCACCUGCGGCAAAGCUGGCUUCAAGAACGCCAGGAACGAAACGUCCCUGGUAUCACUGAAGCUGCUGGCCGACGGUCACAGAGUUCAAGAGGUUUAUUAUGGCAGACCGUACACUCUCAGAGCUGACAUUUCCAGGCCUGACGGAACGUAUGGAAUCAGAGUAAAAUCCUGUUUUGCAUUUAGCAAAAGAAACAGAAGCAUAGAUGACAACCUAAUAGACGAUAGAGGGUGCGCCAACAACAAGAACAUCAUCUCAGAAUUUAAAUACAAUGAGAAACUCGGCUACGCAGAUGCUACAAUCUUCUCAAUGUUCAGAUUCCCUGAGAGCUCAGAGCUCCAUUUACAAUGUGACAUCGCUGUGUGCAAAGGAGCUUGUCCCGAAGUGAAUUGUGAUGAUGAGUUGUCUCCUCUGGCGAGAGCUCAACCCAAAGACAUCUACAGCGAGACUCCAGAUGAGGGAACUAUCAUGGCGUCUACCACGGUGUUUGUACUGGAACCUGGGGAAGAGCCUUUGUUAAGUUCGCUGUGUGAUGACGGAACCAUCAGGCCGUCGUGGCUACUCUACCUGUGCAUAGCGUUCGGACUGAUGUUUCUGAUCAUGUUGAUCAUCAAUGUGUUCCUGUGUUCGGCCAUGACGUGUGCCUGCGCACGCACUGAAGUCAUCGAGAAGGAACCGAGCAUCAUAGAGGACUACGACCCUUACAGGAGCUGGCACGGCUCUCAGUAUGGAUCUAGGUAUUCAUUGAAUGGGAAACCAGGCUACGUUUCUGGUGGAUCAACGAUGAAUUCGACAAGAUCAAUCUCGACAAACAGUGAUCACUACGCGAUCGUACACUCCCGUCCAGGCAGCAGGUACAGUCCAGGACAGAAGAACGGCCACAGAGGUCCGUCAUCCAACCUCGGCUCACACUACUCCGGCAAGAUGUGAGACAUAAACAAAAAACUGACCGACUUGGUCGUGUGAUAUCAGUACAAGGACUGUUUUAACACCAGUUUAUGGUAUUGUAGCUUUCAUUGUUUAUAAUUUGUUGUGCGAUUUAAUAACAACCACCAAAUGGUUCUGUGUAGAACUGUUAUUGUAUGUAUUUAACACUAAUUAAUUCGAGCAAAUUACCUUAAAAUGAAUUUACAUGUGUAAUAUAAUGUUGAGUUUUCUUUUCUUGUGUUCGAGGACUUGUGUAUAAAAUGUUACCCUUUAAGCUAAUUUGUCUUCCAUCUAAUCAUCUCAUCAUAGGUUAGUUUUAUAGUGUACUUUGUAGUGUUUAUACUGUCAGAAUUUCACGCAUAGAGCAAUGCAAUAGAUUGAAACCCAGUAAAAUUAAUUUUGAUAGACUGUUUGUAAUUUUACAAUUUAUAAAAGCUGAUGCGUUCAGUUGAAAGUGUAUGUGGUGCUGUAUAUACUAGCAGUUGUAGCAAUUAAUGUAAUUCAGUUGGAUUUUUCUUUACAAACUGGUUACAAGAUUAAGUAUAAAAAUUCUUAGUCUAAGAAUUACAUUCAUAUUGUUUAUCCAUCUAGAUUAAUAAUAGUACCCAGAAAUGUUAAGUAUAGGAAACUUGUAAAAUACCGUCCGACCGAGUAACCGUGAGUGAUAAAGCAAUGCUCCAGUGUUGUAUUUAAUCGUUAACUAUGUAAAUACUUUGUUAGGAUUUACUUUAUAAAUUGCCAUAAUACAGUCUUACAAAGUACAA